CGUGUGGCGUCACGGGCCGUGACGGCGGCGGGAGGGGCCGGGCGGAGCGGGGGCCGCGAUGGCGCCGCGGCUGCAGUUGGAGAAGGCGGCCUGGCGCUGGACCGAGACGGUGCCGCCCGAGGCGGUGACGCAGGAGCACAUCGAGGCGGCCUACCGCGUCGGGCUGGAGCCCUGCCAGCGCGGCACCUGCCGGAGGAACUGCCGGGGGAACCCCAACUGCCUGGUGGGCAUCGGGGAGCACGUCUGGCUGGGCGAGAUCGACGAGAACAGCUUCCACAACAUUGAUGAUCCCAACUGUGAGCGACGCAAGAAGAACGCAUUUGUGGGCUUAACGAACCUCGGCGCCACGUGCUACGUGAACACUUUCUUGCAGAUGUGGUUUCUUAAUCUAGAGCUGCGGCAAGCCCUCUACUUAUGUUCGAGCAGUGAGCACACAGCUGGGGAGAGCAUCCCCAAAGACAAAGACUAUGAGCCUCAGACCAUUUGUGAGCAUCUCCAGUACUUGUUUGCCUUGCUGCAGAACAGCAAAAGGCGAUACAUCGAUCCCUCUGGGUUUGUCAAAGCGCUGGGCUUGGAUACAGGCCAGCAGCAGGAUGCCCAGGAAUUUUCCAAGCUGUUCAUGUCGCUGCUGGAAGAUACUUUAUCCAAACAAAAAAAUCCAGAUGUUCGAAACAUUGUUCAGAAGCAGUUCUGUGGGGAGUACGCCUAUGUCACAGUUUGCAACCAGUGCGGUAGGGAGUCCAAACUCGUGUCUAAGUUUUAUGAGCUGGAGUUAAAUAUCCAAGGGCACAAGCAGCUGACAGACUGCAUAACAGAGUUUCUCAAGGAAGAAAAAUUAGAAGGGGACAAUCGUUAUUUUUGCGAAACUUGUCAGAGUAAGCAGAAUGCCACAAGGAAGAUCAGGCUGCUAAGUCUUCCAUGCACACUCAACUUGCAGCUGAUGCGUUUCGUGUUUGACAGACAAACUGGCCAUAAGAAAAAGCUGAACACCUACAUUGGCUUCUCCGAGCUGCUUGACAUGGAACCUUUUAUGGAAAAAAAAAAUGGUGUCUAUGUGUAUGAACUGAGUGCUGUGCUCAUACACCGAGGUGUGAGUGCGUACUCGGGGCACUACAUUGCCCACGUGAAAGACCCACAGACAGGAGAGUGGUACAAAUUCAAUGAUGAAGACAUUGAGAAGAUGGAGGGGAAGAAACUGCAGCUGGGGAUUGAGGAAGAUCUAGCGGAGCCUUCAAAAUCUCAGACCCGUAAACCUAAAUGUGGGAAAGGGACUCACUGCUCACGCAACGCUUACAUGCUGGUGUACAGGCUGCAGACCCGGGAGAAGUCACUGACAGUGGAAGUACCAGCUUUCCUGCAGGAGCUGGUGGAGCGCGAUAACUGCAAGUUUGAGGAGUGGUGCAAUGAAAUGGCCGAGAUGCGCAAACAGAGCGUGGCCAGGGGCAAAAUCAAGCACGAAGAGGUGAAGGAGCUCUACCAAAGGUUACCUGCUGAAGCUGGUUCCCCGUACGACUUCAUCUCUCUUGAAUGGUUGCAGAAGUGGCUGGAUGAGUCCACCCCUCCCAAACCCAUAGACAACACAGCCUGCCUGUGCUCGCACGGGAAGCUGCAUCCAGACAAGAUAUGCAUAAUGAAAAGGAUAUCGGAGUACGUGGCUGACUUCUUCUACAGGAGAUACGGCGGGGGACCCAGGCUGAACGUCAAAGCACUUUGCAAGGAUUGUGUGGUAGAAAGAUGUCGAAUCCUGCGUCUGAAAAACCAGCUAAACGAAGACUACAAAACUGUAACCAGCUUGCUGAAGAUAACAGUCAAGGGGAGCGAUGGGUUUUGGGUUGGAAAGGCGUCCUUGCGGAGCUGGCGUCAGUUGGCUCUGGAGCAAUUAAAUGAGCAAGACGAAGACGCAGAGCACAGCAAUGGGAAACUGAAUGGAAACACACCAAACAAAGAUGAAGCGAACGAGGAAAAGAGAGAGGAGGAAGAAGAGUUAAAUUUUAAUGAGGACAUUGUUUGCCCACAUGGUGACCUGUGCAUAUCCGAGAACGAGAGGAGGGUGGUGUCAAAGGAAGCCUGGAAGAAGCUCAAGCAAUAUUUCCCAAAGGCCCCUGAGUUCCCAAAUAACAAAGAAUGCUGUUCCCAAUGCAAGCUGCUAGGAACUGAAGCACCAACCUGUUUUGGACAGAUUUUGGAGCGCGAAGGAGAAGAAAACGAAGCUCUGCACAAGAUGAUGGCCAGUGAGCAGAAGAUGUCCCUACAGAACUUGUUCCACGACAAAUGUCGACCUUGCCUGGGCAGCUGGCCACAGGAGACAGACGAGCUGUAUAUCGUCUCACAGUUCUUUGUAGAAGAGUGGAGGAAAUUUGUCAGGAGGCCGACGCGGUGCAGCCCCGUUUCCUCCCUGGGGAACAGCGCUCUGCUCUGCCCCCACGGGGGCCUCAUGUUCACCUAUGCUUCCAUGACCAAAGAAGACUCCAAGCUUAUAGCUCUAAUAUGGCCCAGCGAGUGGGAGAGGAUUCAGAAACUCUUUGUGGUGGAUCACGUCAUCAAAAUCACCCGCACGCGAGCUGCUGGGGAGCCAGAGAGUGCACUGUACAGCUCCGAGCCCCAACUCUGUCCAGAGUGCAGAGAAGGGCUGUUAUGCCAACAGCAGCGGGACUUGCGUGAGUACACCCAAGCAACCAUCUACAUCCAUAAAGUGGUGGAUAAUAAAAAGGUAAUGAAGGACGCUGCUCCAGAGCUGAACGUGAGCAGCUCAGAAGCUGAAGAGGAAAGGGAGGAAAACAAGCCAGAGGGGGAGCAAGACCCAGAUUUUAACCAGAGCAACGGUGGCACGAAGCGCCAGAAGCUUUCACACCAGAGCUACAUCUCCUACCAAAAGCAAGGCAUCCGGCGAAGCACCCGGCACCGGAAGGUCAGAGGAGAAAAAGCACUGCUUGUUUCUGCUAACCAGACAUUGAAAGAGCUGAAAAUACAGAUCAUGCAUGCAUUUUCAGUUGCUCCCUUCGACCAGAACUUGUCCAUCGAUGGUAAGAUCCUGAGUGACGACACAGCGACGCUCGGCAGCCUGGGCAUCAUCCCUGAGUCUGUCAUCCUGCUCAAGGCUGAUGAACCGAUUGCAGAUUAUGCAGCGAUGGACGAUGUGAUGCAAGUUUGUAUGCCUGAAGAAGGAUUUAAAGCGCUGUAAUUGUGGUGGUUGUCUCCUUGCUCCCAGGGACGGGCUUACUCGGACACUGAUGGCUUUACAAGCACUGGCAGACCAGAAGGGAAGAGGAUUUGACAUGGUAGGGCAUUUAGAAAAAAAGGUGGAUACGGGACUGAGCUCUUGACUCUUCAGAAGGCAGAAACCCAUUCUGAAAUGACUGCCCCCAAAAUGCCUUAUGUCAAAGCAGAUUGCACUGAAGGACACAUCCUGACUUCAAGAGAACGUUCCCCAUUUUAUAUUUAAUAAAGCAGCAGUAGGGUUGGACAGUGUAGCAGCAGAGGCAGCCUGUGCCCCAUUCAGGCAGAUGUUUCAAGCAGGGGAGGCGGGGGCAUCGUCUGUCCCCAAAGGAGUUGUGAUGCAGUAGAUCAAAACCAUCUUGAUCUGUUCUCCGGUAACAAUUUAGGCGUAACCUGCUUCCAGAUAAUCCUCUCUUUGAUCUGCUAUUCCUCUUUCAGUACAGCAUGAAAGUAAAGAAAUUAUUCGUUGUGAGGAAUGUCUUCAUCCAUUUCCCUGCAAUGGGAGCCCUGUGCUCCCAGGGCUGGGCUGCCCUCAUUGCACCACUCGCCUUCGCAGCUUCACUUCCAGCCGUGAGCGCUCCCAGUAGCCGCACGGUCCCUCUCUCUGUGAACUGUGUUUUUAGAAACGUGGGCUGUUUUAAUGACUUUUGAUACCAUCUUUCUCUGGUCCGUUACUGCCAGGAGCGCUCUGUGCCCGUCUCUUUGGAUCCGUGGGGCCGCGUGGGCCCCUGGCGAGAGGUUUUUCCCUGUUCUCGUUUUCAGGAAUGCACUAAUUAAUUUUUGUACAUCUCCAGCUCCUAGGAAGGAUCUCUCCCUUUCCCCAGUUGUGUGUUUGUAGCAGGGGCCAGUGAGGGGGCCAAAAAAAAAAAAAAAAAAGGGGCACUGUUGAGGUAUCUUCAUAAUAAAGUUAGACGUUUCCUGUUC